GGAACAUAAUGUGUUUCCUGGAUCGGUAGUGUUUACUUCGACAACUGAAGAUAACCCGUGAUGACGUAGGCAGCACAAUUUUCCGUAAUGGUUCUCACAGCGAAGACACGGAGCGGAGGAGGGAGAAAGUCCCCUGGAGACGACCCUAAAAUCUUGGACUAACGUAACUCCUGAUGUACAUGAAAUAUUUUUCCAGGCUAAUGUCAGCUAUGGCUGGACCCAGGCCCGUGGUGCUCAGCGGCCCGUCCGGGGCAGGGAAGAGCACUCUGCUGAAGAAGCUCAUGAAAGAAUAUGACAGCGUCUUCGGCUUCAGCGUCUCCCAUACAACAAGAAAUCCUCGCCCAGGAGAAGAGAAUGGCAGAGAUUACCAUUAUGUUACACGGGAGGUGAUGCAGAGAGGGAUUGACAACGGCGAGUUCAUCGAGAACGCAGAGUUUUCUGGGAACAUGUACGGGACGAGUAAGGCUGCCGUGCAAGACGUCCAGGCCAGGAACCUCAUCUGCAUACUGGAUAUUGACAUGCAGGGUGUGAGGAACAUCAAAACAACAGACCUCAAUCCCAUCUACAUCUCGAUCCAGCCGCCGUCCAUGGCGGUCCUGGAAAAGCGUUUAAGAGACAGAAAAACAGAGUCAGAGGAGAACCUCCAGAAACGUUUAAAGGCAGCCGAGGUGGACAUGGAGUUCAGUAAAGAGCCUGGUGUCUUUGAUGCCGUAAUUGUCAAUGAUAACUUGGAGGAUGCUUAUGGGCAGUUAAAGCAUGCUCUUCUCGAGGAAAUUAAUUUGGUCAAGAAAAUCAAGGUGUCUUCGUAGGAGACCACUGCAGCCUGGCACCUUUUUAGUCCCGUCCAGCCACUCCUCACCAAAACCGCAGACCUCCAUUCCAGUCGUGAACAUUCCCUCAGAUGGUGGUCUGUGACCCUCAGACGUCCCUCAGGGGAUACACACAUAUGUAGGUUUUACAUGUUGUUUAGUGGUAGUUAUUACCAAAUGAUAACAUGCUGUAAAGUGGAACUUCCUUUUUUUUUUUUUUCUUUUUUACUCACAGGAAGCGUUUUCCAUAUUCUUAUUUUCAUUUAUAUGAAGAAGAUACUCCAUUAAUGCUAACUUGAUGUGUAACUGGCAUGGUGUGCAGGAUGUUCUGUUGGACAGGGUUUAGUGAACACAGGUGUAUCGCUUUGUGCUCUCACCAGUCUGGACUAACACAAGCAGGGAAGUAACAUAACUCAUUCCAUCAUGUAGAUAAAACCGUUUUUUUAAGGGUUUGAAGAGGCAUUUCUGGAAAUGUUGGUAUGAGGCAGCAAGUUAUGUUACUCCAACCACAAAUCAAACGGUAUUGGUGAAAUAGAUUUGCAGACAGUGAAAUGUACUGAGGACAGAUAAAUUGAGAGUUUGAUGUCAGCACACUUGCACACGUUUAGUUCAGGAGGGAACCCCCUCAUCUGAACACUUCAGCACUACAACAGAUUUCUGAAAAUCAUGGCGGCUAGGAGUACAUGCAACUCAGCUGUACUGUGGAAAUAAUAAAGCUAAUCCAGCGCUAGUUGAUGCUUUUCUCUUACAGGUUUUUGUAAAUUGCUACAGAUAUGCUAACUCCAUUAAUGGUCGGUUUGCUGGAUGCCCGUAGGAUUAAAUCCCAUUACAGCGGCAGAAAACCUUUUUUAUUUUUAUUUUUGAGGGGUUAUAAAAGAACAAUUUCACUCGUUAUUUUACAGUUGGAAAUUUGUAAAACUUUUAUAUUGUGUCAUUUUGCAGCUUCACCUGUACAGUAAAAUACAUUUAGUUGACUGUUUUGAUUACUGACUAAAGGAGGUUUUUAACUUUGAAGGAAAAUUGAACGGCAUGUUUAUCUUUUUUUAUAUUGCUGAGAAUUAAGCACACAGAUCUCCUUUUACUUGAAAACUGAGAGAAUAUUUAUGACCCAUUUGUUAUUUCCACUUUAAAUUAUCCACUUAUAUACAGUAAUUAAAUCUUACAUCAUACUCACAGAGAAUCAUGCGGUCAUUUAACACCAGCUCUAUUAGUAAUGUGGUUAUGUUAUGUAAUGUUGUGAAAAGAUGUCAUCAUGUAUUCCUUAAACCCGUUAAACAUCUAGCAGUAAGACUAUGUUAUCUGCUAAAACUUAAAUAAAUGUCACAGUACUGGAAGAAGAAUUAUUUGUAUCUGUGCUAUAAAUAAGAAUUGUGAAAGAAUCAUGCCAUAGUUAUUUGCGGUACAUUUAUUCAAUUCAGAUUUAACACUGAGUACGCAUACGUGUUUCAAAAACUACACAUGUACAAUACAAGCAAUUACAGUCUGUUAGUGCUUUAAUAUUCAUACAUAACAUGAUCCUUGUAACUGACUAGAAGACCUUGAAAAACAACACAAACACCACAAAUCUUUAAGGGAACAGAUGCUGUAUUCUACUCGCUUUUUAAAUCGCAGUGAAAAGGUAGUAAAUUCUGUGAGCUCAAGUAAUUGGCAUGAACAUUUGCUCGCAAUCAAAUACAACAGAUCUGGUUACUCUGGAUAAACACGUCUGCUUUUGAAAAGCAAAUACAUGCAGUCACUCAUCUAAACAUAUAUCACAUAUGAAUAAUCCUGUGAUAUCCUGUGAAUUCAAAGGUAAUUGCACUGCAUUAACAGACACAUAAUGUCCAAAAAACUGACGUUCAAUUCACAAUUAACAUGUUUCACAAAAUAUAAAUGA